UGUGUGUGUGUGUGUGUGUGUGUUUGUGUGUGUUGGGGGUGUAACUGCGACGCGCACAAGUGGUCGCUGCUUCAGCUGGAGGAAUUUGCGCCCCAACAAACUCUUCUCUGCGCUACCGACUGCGCGUCUUGGGUGCGUUUUACAAUAAAAACUCACUUUGUUCACAUAUGAGGACGCAGCGGACCGGACCCGAGAGUCGAGGGGACCCACAUCCAGCCGUGUCUAGUCGGUAGGGUAUGGCUGUGCGCUCAAGGACGGGGUUCUCCCGGCAGGAGGUAAACAGAACCGUGUGGGAGGUUCCGGAGAGGUACCGGGACCUGAAGCAGGUCGGGACAGGAGCGUACGGGACUGUGUGCUCAGCAUGGGACCGCCGGGCGGGGGCGCAGGUGGCCAUCAAGAAACUUCACCGACCCUUCCAGUCCAAACUUUUCGCCAAAAGGGCCUACAGAGAGCUGCGACUCCUCAAACACAUGAGGCAUGAGAAUGUAAUUGGGCUCCUGGAUGUUUUUACUGCUGAAAUCUCAUUGGACCGCUUACGUGACUUUUACCUGGUGAUGCCGUUCAUGGGGACUGACCUCAGCAAGCUGAUGAAGCUGGAGCGAUUAACAGAAGACAGAGUGCAGUUCCUCGUCUAUCAGAUGCUGAAAGGACUCAAGUACAUCCACUCUGCAGGGAUCAUCCACAGGGACCUUAAACCUGGCAAUUUAGCCAUUAACCCGGACUGUGAGCUAAAGAUACUCGAUUUUGGCCUGGCGCGGCAGGCUGACGCAGAAAUGACCGGCUAUGUCGUGACACGCUGGUACCGAGCGCCUGAGGUCAUCCUCAACUGGAUGCACUACACACAAACUGUGGAUAUCUGGUCGGCAGGUUGUAUUAUGGCAGAGAUGCUGCUGGGAAAACCACUGUUCAAAGGAAAUGAUCAUCUGGACCAGCUCAGAGAAAUCAUGAAGAUUACAGGAACCCCAGCUGCUGACUUCAUUGUGAAGCUACAAAGCCAAGAUGCCAAAAACUACAUCAGAAGUCUGCCAAAAGUGCCAAAAAAAGAUUUGCACUCAAUUUUCUCCAAAGCUAGCUCAAGUGCAGUGUGUGUCUUGGAAAAGAUGCUGCUUCUGGACCCUGAGCAGAGGGUGAGCGCCUCAGAGGCACUUGACCUGCCCUUCUUCAGCGAGUACAGAGAUGCAGACGAGGAGACUGAAGCGCUGCCUUAUGAUCAGACCAUGGACAACACUGAUCUGCCGCUGGACCAGUGGAAACGUCACACUUUCACAGAGAUACUGACCUUCAGGCCGCCCAGGGACUCCAGAGAGACGUCACUUUAAGAGCACACUCGUAUACACACUGUACACACAUACCUCUGCACACUUUCUCAAACUCCAAAUUGCACACGCUCACACAUAAACACUUGCACCCAAAAUAGUAUUUUCUUGUUGACUUUGUUGUGUUUGUGUAGGAAUAAUGGAUAUUUUUCUUUCAAUAAAUGUGAUUUGCUCAAUUGUU